UCCUCCUCCUCCUCCUCCUCCUCCUCCUCCUCCUCCUCCUCCUCCUCCUCCUCCUCCUCCUCCUCCUCCCAUUCCCCUAGCACCCUCGCGGCUCCCGUGGACCUCCUGCUGGGCCUCCCGGCGGCGUCCCAGGAGGUGAGCCCGUGGGACGUGGCGCUGUGCGUGACGGGCACGCUCAUCUCGUGCGAGAACGCCCUGGUGCUGGCCGUGCUCUUCUACACGCCCGCGCUGCGCGCGCCCAUGUUCAUCCUGAUCGGCUCGCUGGCCGCGGCCGACCUGCUGGCCGGCCUGGGCCUCAUCCUGAACUUCGUGUGCACGUACCUGGUGGACGCCUCGCUGGAGCCCGUCACGCUGCUCUCCGUGGGACUGCUGAUCGCCGCCUUCUCCGCCUCCGUGCUCAGCGUCCUGGCCAUCACCGUGGACCGCUACCUGUCGCUGUACAACGCGCUCACCUACCACACCGAGCGCACGCUCACCUUCACCUACGUCAUGGUGCUGCUGGUGUGGCUGUGCGGCGCCACCCUGGGCCUGCUGCCCGCGCUCGGCUGGAACUGCCUGCGCGACGCCGCCGCCUGCAGCGUGUGCCGGCCCGUCACCCGGGGCAACGCCGUGGCGCUGGCCGUGGCCUUCCUGCUGGUGUUUGCGCUGAUGACGCAGCUCUACCUGCAGAUCUGCCGCAUCGCCCUCCGCCACGCGCAGCAGAUCGCCGUGCAGCACCAGUUCCUCGCCAUCUCCACCACCAAGGGCGUGUCCACGCUCUCCGCCAUCCUGUGCGCGUUCGGCGCCUGCUGGCUGCCCUUCGCCACCUACUGCAUCGUGGCCGACGCCAGCUACCCGGCCGCCUACACCUACGCCGCCGUGCUGCCCGCCGCGUGCUGCUCCGUGCUCAACCCCGUCAUCUACGCCUUCCGCAACCCCGACAUCCAGAAGUCCCUGUGGAUGGCUUGCUGCGGCUGCGUGCCCUCCAGCCUCUCGCUGCGGCCGCGCACCUCCAGCGACGUCUAG